AUGCGCGGCUGGCCCCUGCUAGUGCUGUGGGCACUGCUCCCCGCGACGGCUGCGGGGAGCUCGGACCGCUCGUACCCGCACCGCGUGGUCCUCGACCCCGAAGGCAAGUACUGGCUGCACUGGGGCCGGCAGGGCGAGCGACUGGCCUUCCGCCUGGAGGUGCGCACAACCGGUUACGUGGGCUUCGGCUUCUCGCCCACUGGGACCAUGGCUGCGGCAGACAUCGUUGUGGGCGGCGUGGCCCACGGACGGCCCUACCUCCAGGACUAUUUCACAAAUGCAGACAAAGAACUGGAAAAAGACGCCCAGCAAGAUUACCGCUUAGAUUAUGCCAUGGAGAAUAGCACACACACGGUGCUUGAGUUUAGCAGAGAUCUGCACACAUGUGAUGCCAAUGACAAGAGUCUCACGGAUAGCACAGUGAGAGUUAUCUGGGCCUAUCAUCGUGAAGAUCCUGGAGAAUCUGGUCCCAAGUACCACGACUCAAAUAGGGGCACAAAGAGUCUACGGUUACUGAAUCCUGAGAAAGCCAACGUAUUGUCUACAGUCUUACCGUACUUUGAUCUGGUAAAUCAAAACGUCCCCAUUCCAAACAAAGGCACAACAUACUGGUGCCAAAUGUUUAAGAUCCCUAUAUUCCAAGAGAAGCAUCAUGUGAUAAAGGUGGAGCCAAUAAUAGAGAGAGGCCAUGAGAACCUGGUCCAUCACAUCCUGCUCUAUCAAUGCAGCAGUAACUUAAACGACAGUGUUCUGGACUUCGGCCAUGAGUGCUACCACCCAAAUAUGCCAGAUGCCUUCCUCACCUGCGAAACUGUGAUUGCCGCCUGGGGCAUUGGUGGAGAGGGCUUUACCUAUCCACCUCAUGUCGGAUUAUCCCUUGGCAUGCCACUGGAUCCUCGUUAUGUGCUUUUAGAAGUCCAUUAUGAUAACCCAACACGGAAGAAAGGCUUAAUAGACAGUUCUGGGCUGAGGUUUUUCCACACUACGGAUAUAAGGAGAUAUGACGCAGGGGUGAUUGAGGCUGGCCUCUGGGUGAGCCUCUUCCACACAAUCCCUCCAGGGAUGCCCGAGUUCCGUUCUGAGGGUCACUGUACUCUGGAGUGCCUAGAGGAGGCUCUGGGAGCUGAGAAACCAAGUGGAAUCCACGUGUUUGCAGUUCUUCUCCAUGCUCACCUGGCAGGCAAAGGCAUCAGGCUGCGUCAUUUUCGCAAGGGAGAGGAAAUGCAGUUGCUGGGUUAUGAUGAUGAUUAUGACUUCAAUUUCCAGGAGUUUCAGUAUCUGGCAGAAGAACAAACAAUCUUACCAGGCGAUAACCUGAUCACUGAAUGCCGGUAUAACACCAAGGACCGAGCUGUGAUGACGUGGGGAGGACUAAGCACUAGGAAUGAGAUGUGUCUCUCAUACCUUCUUUAUUACCCAAGAAUCAACCUAACCCGGUGUGCCAGCAUCCCGGACAUCAUGGAACAGCUGCAGUUCAUUGGCGUGAAGGAGAUCUACAGACCUGUCACGACAUGGCCUUUCAUUAUCAAAAGCCCUAAGCAGUACAGAAACCUUUCUUUCAUGGAUGCAAUGAACAAGUUUAAAUGGACCAAAAAAGAAGGGCUGUCCUUCAAUAAGCUUGUCCUUAGUCUGCCCGUGAACGUGAGAUGCUCCAAGACAGACAACACAGAGUGGUCGAUUCAAGGGAUGACAGCAUUACCUCCUGACAUCAAAAAGCCUUAUAAAGCAGAACCAAAGGUGUGCAGGACAUCGGCUUCGGCUUCGGCUUCCUCGCCUCUGCAUGGCAUUUUCUCUCUGCGCUUGCUCACGUGCUCUCUGCUUCUUGGAAGUAUGCUGAGCACUCAGGGCUUGUGA